GACGAGAACUUCUGCCGCUACGAUACCGUCAAGGGUGGAAAGGUCUACACUCUCACUUGGGCGAAACUCGACAAAUCGGAGCCCAAGCCAGAGCCAGAGGAGUGAAAAAAACUCUGUCAAUAAAGCAUUCUGAAUAA